AUGUCCACCUCCCACUCCCAGACGGACUCUGAGAUAUGCAUCGAACAGACGAACCAACACUGUAGUGAAAGAGUAUGGGCUGCAGCCUAUGUGCUUUACAACUAUCUAAUUUCCAAUAGAAGUGCCGAUGAUGCAUCCCAAGCAAAUAUAUCGUUACAAGAUAGACCAAUAUACCUAUAUACAGAAGCAGCUGUGAAUGUUUUGGAGUUAGGAGCAGGAACUGGGUGGCUGGCUUUACAAAUCCAUGAAGCCUGCCCAACAGUCAACUGGUGUGCUACUGAGUCGCCUCACUUUGGGGCGAUGGAGAGGUUAGAACAAAACAUUAACGAAAGAACUAUAAAAGGCGACCCCGUCAUAAAGAAACGCGAUUGUGAUGGAAUUGACGACCUCCCAACGCUCCAUCAGAACGUAGAUACAAACAAGCGGAGGAAAACCAACCUUACACACCCGAAAGAAUGUGAUAAACAUGGCAGCCCUGAAGUUAAACCGGGGAUCGUAUUGAAACGAGAUACGGAGUCAGGUACUUUACGAGCAGAAUCUUUGGAUUGGAUAGCUGCUAAAGAAUCGCCAUUAGUCACCGAGAAUUGGGAUUUAAUAGUAGGCAGUGAUCUCAUAUACAGCUCCGAAGGCGCGAGGCUACUAGUAGAGUGUCUGCAUGUCUUACUGUCUGCUCAAGAUACCAACUGUUUGUAUGCACAUACAUGUGGACGUUGGAAUGGACACGGAUUCGACCAGUUGUUGCACAGCGAACUACUUCGAGUCGGAUUGGACGCGAUCGCGGUCGGAGGGGAUACACUGAACGGAUCAAGCGAGAGUAAACAGCACGUAGUUGUAUUCGAGAUUCGAUUGAGAACGUCACAAAAUUGUUCGACUGCGGAAAGUAUCGAGGGUUCUAUUGAAGAUGGAGCACACCACGUUUUGCUACGAGCGGCCCGUUUAGAAAAGGAGGAGGCUGAACGCCUGGAAGCGACGAUGACAAACGAUGAAGUAAUGGAAAUGCAGGGGUUGCAGCAGUUGUUUGGAGGGUUGACGUAGAUAUGUAAGGACAUUCCAGAAUGUGGCUUCAGUUUGCCUACCCGCCUAAAAAAAGAGCAGUUAACUGUGUAGUGUGAAUCUUAGGUACUAAGCCAUCUUUGUAAUUACGAAGAUGCGUCGAUCUCAGCCUUGAAACUUUUAGAUCUCUAUACGACAAAUGGUUGGCCAGGUGCUGACGCUGAAGGCGCCUGAAGCACACCCGACGUAAAAAU